UGAGAAUUUAAAGAAAACUGAGAUUUCAUUCCAGAAAUUUCAAAUUUUAUUCAAGCCUCCCUAUUGAAAAUGAGUGAUCGAUCAAAUUAUUCUAAUCGUUUUGUUUCAUAUGUUAAUGCAUAUUUCCAUUUUUUCUUAGUUGCGGGGUUAACUUUUCAAUGUAUUCUUCUUUAUCUAAUUAGGACAAAGUCUCCAGCAAGUUUAGACCAACUUAAGUAUUUUUUAUACAAUACCGCAUUCGUCCAGAUUCUCGUUAUAAUAUGUGGGUAUUUUACUCAGCAUAGAUCUCUUCCAAACAGCACAACGUUUGCAGUUUUAGCAAAUGGUCCAUGCCGAGUUUUUGGAACAACUGUCUGCUUUGGUGGCUAUCAUGUGUUUCUCGGGGUAACAUUUUGUGUGGCUUUGUCAAUAUCAAAUACCGUUAUCUAUAGAUUUUUAAUAUUGAGAAGAAGAGAUAUUACGAAGAAACAUUUGAUCUACAUCAUCAUACUCUCGUACGUUCCCGGAAUUAUCACAACGAUAAUUCCGUUCACUGAUGACUGGAAUUUCUCAGUAGCCGUUAAUCAAACGUAUCUCGAACAUCCAACUUAUGAUCUCUCCUACUAUUCCCCUUUUCCUGGCUUUGCCAAUAUCAACAGUCCACAAUUCCUAGCAGCAACUGCAAUUCUAGGAAUUGGAGCAUAUGGAAUUCCUUUGUGCUCUUUUAUUCUGACUCGUAGCAUACUGAAUCUAAUUCGAGCCCAUAGCAACAUGUCUACACGCACCAAAACACAAGCAAAGACGUUAGUACAUGGACUGGCGUGCCAAAUUGUGAUACCUUUGCUCUGUUACAUCCCAAUAUUUUCGGUAUACACAUACUCACAACUUAAUCAAAAAGAAAAUAUUGCUUCGGAGCAUCUAUUGAUGAUAUUAACAUGCUUCCCUGCUCUCAUUGAUCCAUUUAUUUCAUUAUAUUUUGUUGUUCCGUAUAGAAAUGCAAUACUUCGGGUUGUAACUAAUCGAAAAGAGGAAGAAAAAAGCACAAUGGCAGUGGCUUCAACUGUUUCAAUUCGUCAAGUCUCCGCUAACAUUAUGUCAUAGUAUUUCACUAGUAACUUUUAAAAAACAGUUAAUAUAAUAAAGCCAACUCACCUGGAAACCUCCCAU